AUGACUUCGCCCUUGAACGAGACCUGUGAUCUCGUCGGCACAUCAGUCAACCCGUUCUUUAUGCUGGGCUACAGUCUGUUGUUUGUGGUGGGUUUACCCCUCAAUGGCUUGAUCCUGAAGUUUUACUUUUGUGGAGCUCAGCAGCAGGCAUCAAGCAGCUUGAUGGUCUACCUGAAAAACCUGACAGCUGCUGACUUCCUGCUCUGCCUCUCUCUGCCAAUCCGCAUCAGCCACUAUGGUGGCACAUCAGUCAUUGCUUGGCAGCUCUACUGCAGCUUUGGAGCUUCUGCCUUGUUCCUCAACAUGUACGCCAGCAUCAUAUUUAUGUGUUAUGUAGCUGCCAACAGGUAUCUGAAGAUUGUCAGACCUUCAGGAACUCAUGUCCUGCAGUCAGUACGAACUGCCAACAUUGUCUCCAUGGUCACCUGGGUUUGUCUCCUGGCUCCAUCAGUUGCUUACAACAUCCUGUUUUUCAUCACCCAGAAACCUCUGACCUCUAUCCCCAGACACUGUGGGCUCUUCUUUAGUGCAUCAGUUAGCCUGAUGUUUAAAAUUAUCCACACAUUCUCUGCAAUCAUCUUCCUGUUGGUUUCCAUAUCCCUGGUCUUCUUCUACUACAGCACCUCCCGCAGGGUGUUGCAGGCACAGCAGAGUCAGCUGGCCUCCUCUGAGAAGCUGGUGAAGUCUCGCAGGAACAUGCUGGUGCUGGUCAGCAUCUUCUGUGUUUGUUUUGCCCCCUAUCACCUGGUUCGAGUCCCAUUUGUUUUUCUGUUGAACAGCUGCACUGUGGGUCCAGUGUUGUACUACCUGAAGGAGGCGGCCACCAUGCUGUCAGUUUUCAACGUCUGCCUGGACCCUCUUGUUUACUUUUUCCUUAGUAAGACUUUUUGGGACAAAAGACAGGAGAGGAAUUCCUCUUCCAGCCAGAAGACCAGGGAGGAGGCUCCUGUCUCCUCCGGACGGCGCGUCACCGUACAGUCCAGCCACUCUCCACACCUGAACACGGCCUCCCUCGUAGCACCGCCAGAUGCAGGCAGAGGCGUACCCCUGCCCUGCUGUGGAUUUCACGCGUCGCCUCCCACUGUCGCCGUCGGGCGACAUUUUCUGGCCGUCAGGACUGGAUAG